UCUUAGUACUGCCCCCUCUAAUGACAGCAUGGUUGUAUCUGCAGUAAAUAAUCGAUGAGGAAGAUCGUCUUUCUGUAUGAAGCACUUUAUAAACUAUCCACACUAACAGAUUCAACCUACCAUGAGUACAGUGGGAGAGAAUCAGCUGCAGAGAAUAAUCAGAGAUUUGCAUGAAGCAGUUUCUGAGUUGAGCAAAGAACAUUAUGAUUCUGGAGAGCCCAUUACAGAUGACAGCUCCAGCCUUCACAAGUUCUGUUAUAAGCUGGAGUACCUCCUGCAGUUUGACCAGAAAGAGAGGACCACAUUUCUGGGCAGCAGGAAAGACUACUGGGACUAUUUCUGUGACUGCUUGUCCAAGAAUAAAGGAGCUAAUGAUGGCAUUCGCUUCGUCAAAUCAAUCCCUGAGUUGAAGACUUCAUUAGGGAAAGGACGGGCUUUCAUCCGCUACUGUCUGGUGCACCAAAGGCUGGCAGACACUCUUCAGCAAUGUCUUAUCAAUUACAAAACCACAUGUGAGUGGUAUUAUGAACGCAGUCCCUUCCUGAAGUCCCAUCUGAACACUGAUAUCAUUAACCACCUUUAUGAACUUAAUGAGGUCCAGUUUGAUGUAGCGUCCCGAGGUCAGGACCUUGACUCUGACUGGCCCACUUUUGCAAGAAAGACUGUGGGAUCAGCUAUCUCAGCCGCCCAUGUGUGGAAACCACCCAGUCGCUGCUCUAGUGUGAACAGUCUGGUUAGCAGUUACUCACAGCAAGCUCAGGAGUUUCUUCCAGGCCAAAAUAUCGGCUCCAGUCUUCUAGGUGAUCUGGGGGAAUUAGGUGAGUUGUCCUGUAGUGCUUCUGAGGACCUGCGUAUUGAGCUUGACCAGUCAGAGUUAAAACAACAAGAGCUCCAAGAGAAGAUCAAGCAACUCACUAGUGAAGCAGCUGAUCUGAGGGCCGUGGUCAAAGACCAGCAGGAACUCUUGGCUAAAGGUCCUAAUCAAGAGAAAGAAGAAGAGCAGCAGGUGGUGAAAGCUGUUAGAGAGUGCACAGAUCGCCUCCAUACCACCACACAGGGGCUGGAGGCUCUACAGAAUUCAGAACGCAACCUAGAAGCCAAACUGAGCAUUGCAGAGAACAGGAACAUGGAGUUGUUGUCAAAGCUUGAUGGAGCUCUGAACGAAAAAGGACAGCAGGCUUCCAACUACUGCGACUCGGCCUUGAAGAUCCAAGAGCUCCUGACUAAGCUAAAGGAGGCAGAGGAAGAAAGGAUUGAGUGUAAACGAGAAAGCGAAGACCGGGCAAGACUAGCUGAGAGACUUGCCCGGGAGCUGAAGCUUCAGGAGGAGAAACUUAAGGAGAUGGAAGGAAAGCUAGACACAUGUAGAGUGUCUGCCGACAAAGAACGAACAACUGCAAUGCAGCAGGCUGAUGAGCUGCAGAUGAACAUCAACCGCCUUCAGGGAGCACUAUCUCUAAAGGAGCGGGAAACAGGGAACCUACGGACUCAGCUGCAGGAUGUACAGAGAGCUCUGGAGGCCAAGGAAGGUCAACUGGAGGAGCACAAGAAAAGGAUAGAAGAGGAGCUACAACACAAAAGUGUACUUGAGGAACAACUGAAUGGAAAGAUGACUGAGUUGUCCAGCGUAAACCAGAAGAUCCUGCAACUGGAGAAUCUCAACCAGCGGUUGACUGCGGAGAGUCAGUGCCUCCAAAAGCAAGCCAAGACACUGGAAGAGUACAAGAACCAGUGCACAAGUUUGAUGGAGAUCAAUGGCAAGCUGAUCCAGACUGUGAAAAGAAAUGAGGAGAGCGGCAAGGAGUUGGUGCAAACCAAAAACGCCCUAGAGAGGGAACUGAUUGCCACACAGGCCUCUGAGAGACAAUUAAGAACCAGAUUGGAGUUGUCUGGACUGACAAUGGAGAACCAAAAUCUUGAGGAGUGCAUCCAGAAUGGCCAGAUGAACAGCGAGGAAACUGAAAUUGAACAACUUGGGGAGAAGAGUAUAUCUAUGUUGGAAAAAUUCAAUGAGAGUGGCAAGACAACAACUUCUAGACACCUACAAGAAGACAGUAAAUCAUCAAGAUCUGAUAAUGGAGAAUCCACUUCCAGGUUGGCUCUGGCUGAGGCCCAACUUCAGCUCAACAUGAAGGAAGUUUCCAGACUCCAGGAAGAAGUCAAGGAGCUCCGGGCGCAGCUAUUGGUGAGCUCGGAGGAGAGGAUGAAGAUCCAGGCUCUGCAGGAAGUGACAGAAGCCUCCAGAGAGGAUCUCCAGGCUCAGACGGAGCAACUAAAGUCCCAGGUGGAACAGCUAAACCAUAGGCAUGUGGAGGAACUGCUUCGUUGUCGGGAAAGAGAGGACGCUCUGGUAAAGGAGAGGGAUAUGGAGGCUCUUGUGCAGAUAGAUAUCCAAACAAACCUGACUGAAAUGAGGGAAGAGCUUCACGAGUUGAAGAAGCAGAACAGCACGCUUGCGCUUGAGAAUGGAGAGCCUAAUGAGGUCUUACCCAGUACCAACACUGAGACCGCCGAGCUUGGAGUUCACGUUUGCAUGCUGACGGGGCAGAACCAGGAGGCUCAGUUGAGACGGGAAGAGCUUUCUACCAAACUGCCGGAGCUACAGAUGGAGGCACAGGAGGAGGUGGAAACUCUAAGUGAUAUGAUGGAGGCCUUGAGAAAAGAUAAUUUAAGACUCCAAGAGCAGCUGAAGCAGACUGAUGGGCUCCCAGAAGCCAUGCAGAAGUUGCAGGGGAGGCUUGAACAGGUGGAAGAGGAAGCCAAAAGCGUCCAAGGGACACGACAGAGAGAAGUGGACACACUGAGGUCCCAGUUGAGCGAUGAGGCUGCGCACCAUCAAAAUCAAGUGCAGAGUCUGAAUGAGCAACUUGAUGCAUUACGGAAGAGGCUGGACAACGAAGUCGAGAAAGUCUCAAGUCUUGAUUCCAAAGUUUUGGAGCUUGAGUCUGCCAACAGCAAUUACAGUCAGCUGAUUGAACAGAAAGAUGCCCUCAUUGGUGAUUCUGAAAUUAUUAUAAAUCAGAAAGAGGAACAGAUAAAAUUUCUCAGAGUGGACUUAACAAGAGCGGAGGAGGAACUGGCUCUUGCAAAGCAGUCUUGUAAUGAACUGGGCGUGAACUUAAGCAGAAGUGCGAUGGAGAAGCAAGCCAUUGAACUGAAGUUGUCUGCUGAGAUAGAUGACCUUUAUCGUACCAAAAAGAAUCUGGAGGAGAGGCUCAUUGAGCUCAUAAGGGACAAAGAUGCUUUAUGGCAGAAGUCUGAUGCACUGGAGUUUGAACAGAAACAGAGGACUGAGGAACAAACCGACAGAGAUGUCACAUACUGUCUGAGCUGCCACAACCACUUCAGCUGGAUGCUGCGCAAACAUAGUUGCAGGUCCUGUGGUCGCCCUUUCUGUUACAACUGCCUCAGUCAUGAUGCAGGUGUCCACCAGGGCAGUAGCAGUGUGCGCUGUUGUAAGGACUGCUUCGGUCAGCGCCGUCCUGGACAUGCGGAUCUGGGUAGUCCUGUUCGUUCAGCCCAAAGCCCAAAAUCAAGCCCUACACGGACCAGCACGCCUGGUGUCCCAGGGGCACUGAAGUCCCCUCGACCAGAUGACACAGCAUAUGACAUCAUCACAGAAGAGGAGGUGAACUGUGUCCAGGACAGCCACACCACUGUGCUGCCCACAGAGACACAACAGCUAAGCAGCAGUGACAUCACCAGCACAGAAGAUUCAGAUGAGCUGAUUGGCUCAGUUCAGGACGCUGAGAUUUGUCUGCUGAAAUCUGGAGAGAUGAUGCUGUCUGUGCCGUUCAGUGUGGAGGACUUGGUUCAGUUUGGCGAUAAGUCCAGAGAACUCUUCAUCAGGUCCAGCUGCUACAGUCUCAUUCUCAUAACCGCUGCACAUCCGGGUCCUACGAUCAGCUGGGUCUUCUCUUCUGAGCCCAAGAGCAUUGCCUUCAGUGUGGUGUUCAGAGAGAACCUAGAUACUCCUCUAGAACAGGCCAAGGUUGUGAUCCCUCUGACGAGAUGUAACUCACAUAAGGAAACAAUUCAGGGUCAGUUGAAGAUCAGAAACCCUGGAGAAUAUACUCUCAUAUUUGACAACUCCUUCUCCAGGUUCCUCUCAAAGAAAGUGCUGUACAAGCUGAAUAUAGAGAAGCCAGAGGUCAGCAGUGGAAGUGAUUGUUCUUCUUAGGAAAACGAAUCAUGCAAAAUUCUGUCUCAGCCAAAAAAAAAAAGACUUAAUGCUCCCAAGCUAAAAAUGUUUUAUGCAAAAUAAUAACUCUCUUUUGAAUUUGGGGUGAAAUACAACCUGGACAUAUUGUGAGAUUCACCCUCUAUGUAAUUCAUAAUUUUAACACCCUCUUGGCAAACUAAUAGCCAGAAUGGUACAAUAACUCUGACAUACUUAUCAAAGGAAUGGACGGCAGAAAAAAACUCAAUGAAAUUUGACGUGAUCAGUAGUAAAACAGAUGAAAAAAGAUGGUUUUUAUAACAGAUUAUGCACUACAGAAUGUGUUUUGAAAUGGAAUUAUUGAUGUAGAAAUGAAAGAAAUGCUUAUUCGUCAGAUUACUCACAUACAGGGACGAUCAGUUUCUUGAACGUUUUAGUUAUUGCAUAUAUAUAUAUAAUAUCCAUAAAAGUCUAAAAGAUGCAAAAAAUCUAAAAACUGAUAUAAAUGGAUAAUAAUUAUAAUAUGGGCAUUAUAAUAUGGGCAUCGUAGGUCUUUUUCAAAGCUUUAUAAGUCAACUAUGACUUCUAUGCAGACAUAUAAUCUGUAUUCUGAAGGGACGAGUGCACAGUAAUAAGAGGAAACUCCAUUUCCUGGCCAUCUUAUUUUCAACCAAAAAAUUAAAUGAAAUGCAUUUUCAUUCAGCUGACGCCAGGGAAAAAUUUUAAAGCAAUAACUCAGUGACUGUGUUUUUUGCAUAAAUGAGAUUGGUGCAGUAACAGAUAACUCCAGCCUGAAGAAGGUGGACAUUGUAAGUUACACUUUUUGUAAUGGCUGAACUUUAAUAAUAAUCUUUGAUUCUUCACUGUUGCACUUUCUGAAUGUGUUUCCGAGGCUGUUGGCAGAACUGGAUCAGAGUACUGUAAGCAUAUCAGAGUGAAUAGCAGUAAUUUUUAUGUUCAGUUACUGUAAAGAGUUGUGAUACAACAGUUAUAUUAAAUUACAGCUAGUUUGAAAAGGA